CAGUUUAGUUCAUCAUUUCCAGUCAGCAGCCAUCUUCUCCACUUAGAGAGCAGAUAUUGAAACUGUUGCAGGAUGGCUGACUAUUCCAGCGUGGCUCCUCCGCCCAAUGCUGGGGGUGGAAUGAACGAUGCUUUUAAAGACGCCCUGCAACGGGCGAGACAAAUUGCAGCUAAAAUAGGAGGAGAUGUUGGUGGUGCACCCCCUCCCACGACCAACGAGUUUGGUUAUGGAGGCCAGAAAAGGCCAUUGGAAGAUGCAGAUCAACCAGAAACAAAGAAAGUUGCCUCUCAGAUGGACCCUUACGCAUCCAUGAUGGGAGGAAUGAGUGCCCCUCAAAGAUCCAUCUCAGAAGAGUUCAAGGUUCCAGACGGGAUGGUUGGAUUCAUUAUCGGGAGGGGAGGGGAGCAGAUAUCUCGGCUGCAGCAGGAGUCCGGCUGCAAAAUACAAAUUGCUCCCGACAGUGGUGGUAUGCCAGAGAGGUCUGUGACAUUAACUGGUUCUCCAGAUUCAAUCCAGACUGCGAAACGGUUGCUAACAGAGAUUGUUGAGAAGGGCCGACCUGCGCCAUCAUUCCACCAUAACGAUGGCGGGCCAGGAAUGGCGGUUCAGGAGAUCCUUGUCCCUGCCUCCAAAGCUGGACUCGUGAUAGGAAAAGGAGGAGAAACCAUUAAACAGCUACAGGAACGUGCUGGAGUGAAAAUGGUGAUGAUUCAAGAGGGGCCGCAAAACACAGGGGCAGACAAACCUCUUCGCAUUUCCGGAGAGCCUUUUAAAGUUCAGCAAGCCAAAGAGAUGGUGAUGGAAAUAAUACAUGAUCAGGGUUUCCGGGAGCAGCGGAAUGAGUAUGGCUCUAGAAUGGGAGGAGGAGGAGGAGGAGGCGGCGGCGGCGGCGGUGGUGGCGGGGGAGGAGGAGGAGACCUGGAUGUCCCAGUUCCGAGGUUCGCCGUGGGAAUAGUGAUCGGAAGAAAUGGCGAAAUGAUCAAGAAGAUCCAAAAUGAUACUGGAGUGAGGAUUCAGUUUAAACCAGAUGAUGGCUCCACGCCAGAGCGGAUAGCCCUCAUAAUGGGACCCCCGGACCGCUGUCAGCACGCGGCCGAGAUCAUCUCGGAGCUGCUGAGGAGCGUGCAGUCCGGGGGCCCACCAGGCCCCGGCGGCCGGGGCAGGGGCCGGGGGCAGGGCAACUGGAACAUGGGCCCACCUGGAGGAUUGCCGGAGUUCGUCUUCACCGUUCCCGCCAUGAAGACCGGGCUCAUCAUCGGGAAAGGUGGAGAGACCAUUAAGAGCAUCAGCCAGCAGUCGGGAGCCAGGAUAGAGCUCCAGAGGAACCCCCCUCCUGGGGCCGACCCCAACCUGAAGAUAUUCACCAUUCGCGGCUCGCACCAGCAGAUCGACUACGCCAGGCAGCUCGUGGAGGAGAAGAUAGGCGGUCCAGUCAGCCCGAUGGGCGGUCCACACGGCCCCCCAGGCCCCCAUGGAGGUCCCGGUCCACACGGGCCCCCAGGUCCCCCUGGGCCACCUGCACCAAUGGGACCAUACAACCCUGGACCCUAUAACCAGGGUCCUCCUGGCCCUCAUGGUCCACCUGCUCCAUACCCACCCCAAGGCUGGGGCAACGGCUUCCCCCACUGGCAACAGGGUCAGCAGGACCCUGGUAAAGCAGCAGCCGAUGCGAACGCGGCAGCCUGGGCAGCUUAUUACUCUCAGUACCAGCAGCAGCAGCCUCCAGCGCCCAUGGCCCCAGCCAGCUCCGCCCCCGGCACCACUCAAACCAACGGCCAAGGUGACCAGCAGGCUCCAGGUCAGAGUGGACAGGCAGAUUACACCAAGGCCUGGGAGGAAUAUUACAAGAAAUUGGGUCAACAGGGUCAGCAGCCUCAGGACUACACCAAGGCCUGGGAGGAGUACUACAAAAAGCAAGGUCAGGCAGCCCCUCAGGCAGCAGCAGCCGCAGCCGCCCCGCAGACGGGCGGCCAGCCGGACUACAGCGCGGCCUGGGCGGAGUACUACCGGCAGCAGGCCGCCUACUACGGCCAGGGCAGCCCGCAGGCCAUGCCCGGGACCCCCCAAGCACAGCAGGGCCAGUAAUGUGAAGUGGACAUAGAGUAUAUGCUUCCUUGUCGAAAAACCUUUGUUAAAUGUUUGGAUGCAGACGUCUUGAUGAAGAUCUUAAUUUCUCUGGUAUAAAGUGUUUAAAAAAAAAACAUAUGCUCCGGAGGCAGUUUUUUUUUUUUUUCUUGUACAAAAAUUGAACGGUUUGUUUUUAGUGUGGUGAUGGCUUUUGGACAUUCCAGCUCCUGUUUUUCAUAUUGUGGUCAAUUCUCAUGUUUAUAAACUGUAGUAAUUUCCAUGUAAAUCAUCUCAGUUUUAAAAUUACAUGCCUGUUGUGUUUUGCAAUAAAACAAAAUGAAACCUCCUGUGUUGGUAAGUUGGGUUGAAAAAGUAUGGGUUAACUGAAAAUCUUGCAAGUUCCUUGGUAGACCGAAAGCGUAAAUGCAGACUUCAAUUUUGACUGUCCAAAUUUGCUUGACUGAAAGUUCUAGUAUCCUGUCUGUCUUCAACGUGGCUCUUAUUUUGUAUAAUCUUUAGCCUGGUUUGUGAGAACUGCUGCUUGUAAAUUGCAGGGACAAGUGAAGCCCCCAUUUCCGUAACGGACUUGAGUUCAAUGUUCUGCUUAGCGUUGCGAUUUCACAGGCAUAGGCCUACGUAUCUGCCAUAAAUGUCCUUUGACGGCGAGUUGUGACACAUGCAAUAACCUAGUACUGUAGUGUUUGAUUGUACUGUAUUUUACCCUGGUCUCUUAACGUGAGGAAGGCUGUACUGUUCAUAAUGAGAACGACUUCUUCCCUCACAGGCAAGGUUAGAAAAGCGGUAAGCAAGCGCAUUUUAAAUGUUCCCUGAAAUGUGACUUUGUUACAGACAUUUUAGUUGGUGUGCUGCUUUUUAUUAUAAUUUUUUUUACAGCGCAGGUAAAUGUGUUCCAAUUGAUCAUUCUUUGCAAAUGAUUUGUUGUUCCCAUUUUAACAUUUUAAAAGCCAUUGUUUUUUUGUAUAUAUUUGCUGGCUUCUCUCUUUUUAAAAAGAAAAACCGUAUGAUUAAAAAUUCUGAAUGCAAAAUCGAUUUUUACUCUUGCCAUUGUCUGUGAAAGUGAAUCCCGCAUAGGCCUGUAGGUUUUUAGGGGUGAGGAACCAUGCGCUGUUUGUCACCCAUGAUUUGACCCUCCGUGGGGCAUUACCACUGUAAGUACAAUAUUGUGGGUCGUUCCCAAAGCAGGUCCUGUUUCUCUUUCAAUGCAAUGCAGUUUAGAGAAAAGUGAAUUGGAAUUUUUUUUGUAGAUUGUUGGGUAAGUAUCAAAAAUAUUCCCGCAACGAAUUGCGUCCGAUUUUGCUAACCAGAUUUCCUGAACUUUAAAGUAAUACCUGUUAAAGUUCUGGAUUGUAAAGUUUUGAUCUUGCCUUGCAGUAAUGACUGUCAUGUGCAUUUAGACUGUCAAGCAACUGAAAACCUGGCAUUGUAGUUCUGUUUUUUUAGACUGCUGCUUCUUAGGAGAGCUGGCAGGUCUGACCACUGUUUUGAACGCCAAAAUGUGAGUUGACCCAUGCGAAGCCCGUUCUUUCAAAUUGCGGAUAAAUACAUGUACAGUUUCGCUGAAUCUGUUUGCAGGGAAUGCUGAAUUUUAUGUAAUUAAAAGUAUUUUGCCUAAAAUGUAAAAAGUAUUAAAGUCCUGAAAUCGUUAGUGUCACCAUGUUCCAUAAUCGCUCCCUUAUUCUGUUCUCAGUUCAACUACAUAAACUUGUACGUCUAGCUCAUGUUCUAGCAUGUGAAGUUGUCUGUCGGUAUGAUUUCAGCAUGUAGUCCUUGAAAUGGUUAGGUAUGUUGAAAAGUGCUUUAGCAAGACAUCGCGCAUUGACUUGAUCUCAACCUGCCUGAUGCCAUUAAGUUAUAGAGCAUUUUUUUUGUACUGGCGGCUGUUGACUUGAUGAGUUUUUACUGAUUGCAAACAGUGCAAUAUUUAAUUUUUGCAGUGUCUCCCAGACCUUGCACCUUAGGUUCUGCUGCAGUAAUACAGGUAAGCAUAACCUAAGGACACCAGUGUUUGACCUGUGAAUGAAUUGUUUCUGACUUGCCUUUUUCGAAGUAACGGUCAAUGUCGACUUUGCAAUGUGUAGGACAAAUUUAAGAAGAGUUGUCAAAAGCCUUGUUCAACUUACUGCGACUGCAACAUAGCGGCAGCCUUCAUGUAUUUUAGUUCAGGAAUUAUUUGCAUGGCAGUUGAAUUGUCUACAUUAUUGGAAGCAAGUUUUACACAAGACAAUAAAAUGCUAGACCGAGCGUGAUUAUUGGCAAAGUUUUAGGAUUGUGAACUACAUAGUCUUCAUAUUGGAUCAGUAUGUUUUCUUGUAUGAUUUCAUAUAGAUCAGCUUUUCCAUGAUAAAAAGUGUAUUGUACGUGCAUUAGCUCCCGGUAAGUCCAAUUCUGUGUUGUGUGAUCCUGAUGCAUAGAGCUUUAGGCAUUGCUUUCUCUCCUUAAUGUCCCUGAAACGUACUGCAUGCAGUAAGGAGCUUUCAGUAUCUAAGUUGGCCCUGUGCUUGUUAAUGAUGUGUCCGACGACCGUGCAAUUCUCAUGACCUUGCUGUAUCAUGACUCCUGUGAUGUAGUGUGAAAGCUUUUGAUGCCCCGUUUCUGUAGUGCCAAUAUUUUAAAAAUGCUGCCUUCAUUUUCACACACAGUGUUGAAGAUGCUGCAAGCAUAGUUCGUAGAAUCAGGCCCGUGAGCUAGUUUGUCCCUAAGGAAGAAUCCUUUGAAUCUUUCCCACUGGUGAACGUAGACCGAUCAAGGCCUCCAGUUCUAAGGUAAACUCGAGGAACUGUUGUGAUUGCAAAAGUGAUGAUGAUGAUGCUGUAUGUUCAGGGACUGUGAUGUCGUCAAUUUUGAACUCAAAAGUUUGCUAUUUAGUCUAAACUGUACUAACGGUAGUAUGAUUUUUAAAUUCCAUAAUCCCAGCAGUUUAAAAUUAGUUUAAAUGUUGCUUCUGCUUUUUUCUAAUGACGAUGACAAGAAUAGGGUUUCAAUAUUCACAUAAAUGUUGGAUUUAGACAAAUAGGUACUGUGUUUUUAUUUUAUUUGUGUUGACUUAAUCAGUGACAGGAUGGUUUUUGGCCGUAAAUUCGAUAGUUUUAAGCUGUCUGUAUCGAAUCUAAACUUGCAAGUAUAAACUGUAGCCCCUCAUUUGGGUGUGCGUAUAUAAAUUCACAUGCAUGAGAUGAGAUGGUGUUUCCUUCCGAGACGUGUUCUCAACAGCAUAUUCGCGGGGGUGUAGAAACGAAGACAAAAAGAAGCUUAACUGAGAAAUAUGGAAAAGGGGAGCAUGCAUUAGAGGUAAACUAAAUACUCAAAUGUGCUGUGUAUAUUUCUGUACUUUUUAGGCAUGCCUGUUCAAAUUUUUGACUGUAACAAUGUUACCAUGUUUAAAAAAAAUAAAUAAACUUGUAAUGCUGAAA